AUGGACAAACAAAAUUUGCUGCUGUUAUUUGAUCGACCAACUGAGCCAAUCCUCAUGCCUAAAGGAUCUCGGAAUGUCCAGUUUGAUGUCCCUAACAAUUACUUAAAAGAGGAAUACCAAAGCGUAGGUCCAAUUCUUGCUAAUAGAUUCUUAGAUCCCGAUUCCCCUAAUGUUACGGUAAAAGAAAUAUCCUUACCGCCUUUAGGUGAUAUAGCUGAUUUGGCAAGGGAUGAAAAUUUCUCAUUAUUCAUUCCAAAGCACAAACGCCUGGCUUCCAAGCUCAUAAAUUUAUUCAUGGGAAUGGGAAACACUGAAGACUUAAUGUCGAUGGCUGUAUACGCUCGUGAAAGAGUCAAUCCAAUACUCUUCAACUACUCUUUCUCCGUCGCUCUUUUACACAGACCAGACACCCAAGAUUUGGAGAUUCCUUCUUCACUUUUCGCUUUCCCAGAUAAGUACGUCGACCCCAAAGUAUUUGCCAAAGGAAGAGAAAUUGUGAACUACGUACCAGAUAAUGUCAGGCAACCGAUUGAGAUUCCAAUGGAUUACACUGCUUCAAAUUUGGAAGACGAACAUCGCUUGGCGUAUUUCCGAGAAGAUAUCGGCGUCAAUCUCCAUCACUGGCAUUGGCAUUUGGUUUACCCUACUGAAGCCGCUCUAGAGAUCGUUAAUAAAGACCGAAGAGGCGAAUUGUUUUACUACAUGCACCAACAGAUAAUGGCUAGGUACAACUUCGAACGCUUGUGUAAUGGAAUGAAAAGAACCGAAAGGUUUACGAAUUUCUACGAUCCCAUGCCUGAAGGGUAUUUUCCAAAAUUGGAUAAUUUGGUGGCCAGCAGAUCCUGGCCAGGUAGAGUAGCGAAUAUGCGAUGGCAAAACUUAGAUAGAAGUUUAGAACAAAUCCAUCUCGAUAUCGAUGAAAUGAGAAGAUGGAGAGACAGGAUCUUUGAGGCUAUACACUCUAACACUGUCAGAGGGGAAAAUGGUACUAUAGAAUUGACUGAGUUCGAAGGAAUCGACGUAUUAGGUAACAUGAUUGAAUCGACUUUGCUUUCACCAAAUAGAAGUUUUUAUGGCGAUUUACACAACAUGGGACAUACGAUGGCUUCGUACGUUCAUGAUCCGGAUCACAGGCAUUUAGAAAGUUUCGGUGUAAUGGGAGAUACUUCAACAUCAAUGAGGGAUCCAUUUUUCUAUCGUUGGCAUGCUUAUAUUGACGAUAUAUUCCAGACAUUUAAAUCUGGUUUACCUCGUUAUAACGAACAACAAUUAAACUUCAACGGUGUUACGGUCGAACAAAUAAGACUCCAAACUGAAAACGGCCCUGUAAACACUUUCCAAACGUACUGGCAAAAAUCCGCCGUGGAUUUGUCGAGAGGCAUGGAUUUCCAGCCGAGAGGAUCCGUGCUUGUGCAAUUCACUCAUCUUCAACAUAGACCGUUCAAUUAUUCAAUAAUCGUUAAUAAUGCAACCAACGCUGUCACGACCGGUACCUGCAGGAUAUUCAUGGCUCCCAAAUUCGAUGAAAGAGGCAACCCCUGGCUGUUCCUCCAUCAGAAAAACAUGUUUAUCGAACUGGAUAAAUUCACUGUUCGAUUGAAUCCCGGAAGAAACACCGUGACAAGAGCAUCGACCGAUUCUUCGGUUACUAUACCAUUCGAAAGAACUUACCGCAAUUUGGAUGCUAACAGGCCUGUAGGUGGCGAUAAUUUAGCCAGGUUUAACAUGUGCGGAUGCGGUUGGCCCCAAAACCUAUUGAUUCCUAAAGGGAACGAAGGUUUCAUGGCUCAAUUAUUUGUAAUGAUUUCUAAUUACAGCGAUGACAGAGUCGAUCAAGACACAAAUGGAACUGGCAAGGAUGCUGGGAGUUACUGCGGUAUUAAAGACCGUCGUUAUCCAGAUCGUCGUUCUAUGGGUUUUCCAUUCGAUAGGCAACCAAGGACGGGGGUCGAGACAUUGCAACAGUUUCUAACGCCGAAUAUGAGAGUGCAGGAUGUAAUUAUUCAGUUUAAUAAUAGAAUUGUAAAACAGGGUGAAGCAUUUUAA